UGAAUUUGCUUGUUUUCAUAAUUUCCCCCUUGCGUUCUCCUAGUUUUUUCUCCUUUAAUGAAUUUGAUAUUGGUAUGCAUGACGCCUUUCGAUGAACGCGUUAUUCAUACACUUCAAUUUGAACUCGGUGAUACCAUGAUGGAUCGGUAGAAUAAUAGAUCUGACGUUAAAAUUGGAAUCAUUGUUUUUAUCGAGUGUAUUUGUACGUUUCGUUUUAAGUUUAAGUGUCCUGCUAUUUCAUGUGAUACGGAGUUUUAUUUGCAAACUUAUCAGGAUGACGGAGAGUGAAACAAGACAGGCAUGCUUAAAGUUUAUAAAAGCUGUUAAAUUAAAAGGUGCAAGGUAUAAUGAUUUUAGUACAUCCAGCACUGUACUACAAGAGGAAGCUGCAACGAGAGGAUUGGAUGACGAUGUUCUUAAUCAGCUGACAAAUGUUAUUGUAGAUAUAGAUUUACCUGCAAGCAAGAGGGUACUCUUAGUGAGGUGUUUAAUUCCAAGGUACAAAGUGCCUGAGAAGAUAGUGAAAUUAAUAAUCACUUGGUGUUUAUCCUCGCUGAAUGAGUUACCAUUGACCGUAUCCACAAUCGUAGUUCAGUGGAUCAUGGGUUUAUGCGACUACGAAUUGGUAGAUAGAAAAGUGAUCAACUUGUAUUACGAUAUCUUGUUUUAUAUAAUGCUUAAGAAAGAAAAAUUGGAACGUUACAUAGCACGCCUAAUUUAUGUGUUAACAAGGCCAGAGGAUGUUUGUCGUAGAGAUGUCUCGAGAUUGCUGGCGCUUCAAAAAAAUUACUCCAAACCUCCAACCCACAUUACCGCAUUACUUUGCUUGUUCAAGUCGUACAAGCCGGAAUUGGUGCCCGAGAGAAUACAAUCGGUGAAUAUGGAAAGUGGGUGGAAACCAAUUCCUGAAUUUCUACGAAUAGCAUUAGAAGAUGCUAGAGAUCGUGCAAACAUCCAGCAAUCUCAUCAGAACGGUCAAGCUCACUUUCAUUGGAAUGCAGUGCAGAAUAUAAAUGUCCAGAGGAGGAAAAAGGUGCUUUUACCAUCCAUUGGAUAUUUUCAUAUUGGCUCAAGUAUUUUUAAAGACAAAGAGGCAAAGUCAAUUUUUGAUAUAAGCAGCACAGAGGAAUUGGGAAAAUAUCAUCAGACUAUAGAGUUACCUUGCAAUGCUGUUUCACUUUUGGCGAACAUGGCUGGUUAUCAUCUCCUUACAUACGCAGAGUUUCAGUAUCAAAGUAGAUUUUCGUACAAUCUUUAUAACACGCUCACGAGAGCGUUUAUAUUGGAGAAUGGAAAGUUCUCUGAGGAGGAAAUGGACAAAUUCCUUACUAUGACAGUUGAAUUUUCUCGGUAUAUACAAGAGGGAAUACUCGUAGUUAAGUUGUUCUUUGACGAAUAUCUGUAUUAUAAUACCGGAGAACACUUACUGAAGCUGCUUGACUUGUUGCAAUGGAUGACUUCGAUAUCAGUAGCUGAAUUACGCGAAAACAUUCUGAUACACGUGCAGAACAUAUUUGCCGAAUCGAGCUUAGAAAUGAAAUGUGAAAUAAUUAAGUCACUGCGGAAGCUAAUUACAAAUUUGUUUGUGAGACAAGGACUCGAAGAGCAAUGCAAAAACACAUCAUCGUCCUUCUUACGACAAGGUCCACUAGAGAAUUUAGCAGAAAUUGUACCCACGCUCACGGCAAUAUCGGAAGAUCUCAUCACGUAUGGGUUAAACGUACACAAUUUUAAUAUUAUAUUAUUAUCGGAAGCUUUGGAAUUUUACGAGCAAAUCUGCACGUUGGAAAGUCUUAGCCAUGUAGUCUGUUGGACGAUAUCACCAGCAGCAGUUAUUUAUGGAGCCUUUCUUACAAAAAGUUGCGCUAUCUUAUCAAGAGUUUGCAAGUUACUGUUAAGAUAUCGUCACAUGAGCCCACAUUUACGGCAGAUUUUGCCAUCGGACAUGUAUCAAGAAAAGAUUCACAUUAUAUCUGUUUAUGCGUAUGAUAUUCACAAAGCAUUAUGGUACGAUGAGCCUUUUAGUGCACGAGAGGACGGCAAACUUCUGAGAAAUCUUUCGAAGAGAGUAAUCAGCGAUUUGAAAGAUUGCGAUUUAGACUCUCUAUUGAGUAUUAGCAGCCAUUACGCUAUAUUAUCUUAUAGAUGUACAAUAAAUCAUAUGGGUUUAAAUAUAAAUACCAAGGAGGAUGCUGCGGCUAUGGCUGCAUGUUAUUAUCCUGCAAUAAACGAAUUUCUUGCUGUGUUUCACACGUGACUUACCUUAAAUUCUUGUAAAAAAAGGCAUGCGCUUUAUAAUAUGUACAUACAAUAUUCUAAUACGACAUUAAUUAUUGCAAAGAAACUAUAUGUAAAGCAAAGUAAAUUUUCACAAUUCCUAAUGCAGUCCGCAUUUUUUAACGAAGUUAUCUUGCAGUUAUUUAAAAUAAAAAUUUCUUUAAUAUGUUCAAAAGUAAAUAAAUUACAUUUUAUCAAUAAUUAUGCGUUUGCAGUAUGUUUGCAUAAAAUCAUUUGCGAUUCAAGUUUUGAAUUCUUUUGAUGAAAAAUCGAUAAACACAAGCAACGAAAAGAGAUUAAUGGGGAAAACUUAGAGUUGUUUCUUUCUGUGUGUGUGUACGUGUUAAUACAAAAGUUUGAUGUAAAAGGAAACGGUUCCAAGAUAAUGUUGAAAAUUAAAUAUAUGAUAGAAUUUAUUUUAUCAUUACAUUUCGACGGUACGUAUCUCUUAUUAUUCAACUUUUUUAUACGUCUAACUUCUAUAUCGCUUUAACUCUUACGAUUAAUAAUGCAAAGAAUAGCACAGUAUGUCCAAUAAUAUAAACAAAAUGUGCUAGUAGUAUGUCACAUACUCAUAGUGGACCAAGUCUGACAUUUUCCGAUUGAAUAAACUAAGGGCAGUGACUUUAGCUUAAAUCUUAAGAAAUUUGUUCAGUGUAAAAACAAUGUAUAUACAUUAUGAAAAUUAUGAAACAUUGCUUUAGAGCUGAUUUCAACGAAUGCAUUACGUCAUAUGUAUAUGGCACGAACAGAUUAAUUACCACUUAAUGUUUGCGUAACGUCGGCCAUACCUAAUCCGUAUCCCAAUAUUAUGUAUGAUGCAUAACGAGAUACAUGUCGAUGUUACUCUUUAGACUAAACUUUCUACAUAUUACUUAAUGAAUUACGCAAAUCUCGGAUAAUUUUUCCGUGUAUUUUCAUAAUUUUCAGAAUAUUGCUUUCGUCAGCUAAUUGCGAACAGACUUUAAUCGUGUACGAAUAUGUGAAUAAUCACAAAGCAUGAGAAAGACGAUAGUAUUUUAUACUGUACUCUCAGUAGAAUGUUUUAUACAAUAUUCGACAUACAUGUUUAUAAAAACUGAAUUUUAAAAAAAUACAAUUACAUUGUAAACGGGUGUGUAAAAAUAUUUUCGCAUGUUAUUUAAUUUCAUGCCCACCUGACAGUGGGCAUAAAGUUGCAACACGUUUAGAUGAUACUCUUAGAUCUUCAAAAAAUGAAUAAUAAAUGAGAAUGGC